AUGGCGGCGGCGGCGACCCAGCAGCAGGUAGAGGCGGCCGGCUUUCUUCUGCUCUUCCCAGAAGAGCCGCGGGAGGCAGCACGCAAGACGCGGACCAAGGACAAGUACCGGGUGGUGUACAGCGACCACCAGCGCCUGGAGCUGGAGAAGGAGUUCCACUACAGCCGCUACAUCACCAUCCGCCGCAAGGCCGAGCUGGCGGCCAACCUGGGGCUCUCCGAGAGGCAGGUGAAGAUCUGGUUCCAGAACCGGCGCGCCAAGGAGCGCAAGCAGGUGAAGAAGCGCGAGGAGCUGCUGCACAAGGAGAAGAUGGAGGCGGUGCAGCAGCUGCACGCGGCGCAGCAGCAGCCGCCCCCGCAGCCGCCCCCGCAGCAGCCGCCGCCGCAGCAGCAGCAGCCGGUGCAGGUGCAGGUGCAGGUGCCGCCCCCGCACUGCCACGCGCACGCCCACGCGCUGGCGCCCGUCAUGUGA